GUGAUUGGCCCAGCAGCCCGUCAGUUACUGGCAAAUGCUGUUAAGUUUUGCUGUUGGGUUACACCGAGAGGCAGAGAACUGAGCUUGAGAGCCUUGCCGAACCUGCCAUGUCAGCUUGAUACUCAUGGACGUUGGAUGGACAAGAGGCAGGGAUGGUCGGCUAUGAUGCCAAGGCAGAUGUCAGAAGUAACUCCAAGUUGGAGGUGGCGGUGGCAGGAUCAGUGUCAGGAUUUGUCACACGUGCCCUGAUCAGCCCUUUGGACGUCAUCAAGAUCCGUUUCCAGCUCCAGAUUGAACGCCUGUGUCCAAGUGACCCCAACGCCAAAUACCACGGAAUCUUCCAGGCAGCCAAGCAGAUCCUGCAGGAGGAGGGCCCAACAGCCUUCUGGAAAGGACAUGUGCCAGCCCAGAUUCUGUCUGUAGGCUACGGAGCUGUCCAAUUUUUGUCAUUUGAAGAACUGACUGAGCUGCUUUACAGAGCCAACUGGUCUAAUGCCCACCAGUUCUCAGCACACUUUAUAUGUGGCGGCCUGUCUGCUGGGGCAGCCACCCUUACCGUGCACCCUGUGGAUGUCCUGCGCACCCGCCUCGCAGCUCAGGGGGAGCCCAAGAUCUAUAAGACCCUACGAGAGGCCAUAUUGACCAUGUACAGGACCGAGGGCCCCUUGGUCUUCUACAAAGGCUUGGCCCCCACGGUGAUCGCCAUCUUCCCCUAUGCGGGUCUGCAGUUCUCUUGCUACCGUUCCUUGAAACGUGCCUACGACUGGCUCAUCCCGCCAGAUGGAAAACAGACAGGGAACCUUAAAAACCUGCUCUGUGGCUGUGGAUCUGGAGUCAUCAGCAAGACCCUUACAUACCCGCUGGACCUCUUCAAGAAGCGUCUGCAGGUGAUGGGGUUCGAGCAUGCCCGGUCUGCCUUUGGCCAGGUGCGGAGCUACAGGGGCCUCCUGGACCUCACGAAACAGGUGCUACAAGAUGAAGGCACCAAGGGCUUCUUCAAGGGCCUGUCCCCCAGCCUGCUGAAGGCUGCGCUCUCCACGGGCUUCAUGUUCUUCUGGUAUGAGCUCUUCUGUAACCUCUUCCACUGCAUAAGGAGAAAAGACAGAUAGCUGGGAGACAGGAGGGGCCCACAGCCUCUCCCCCACCAGGACUUGCUCCGAGCUCCUCCUGAAUGACGGCCGGCCGCUGCCUGACUGGUCUCCUAGGCCA